AUGCGUAACAAAAGACGUUUACAAAAAUCAAUAAGAUAUUACAGAAAUGACGAUAGUGCAUUAGACUAUAAUAUCAUUCAACAAAUGGAUGAACAAAAGAAAACCAUGUUAGAAAAUGAUAGUGGGAGCGAAGGCGAAAGUGACAAUGAGAGUGACAAGAAAUUAAAGAGGUUAAAAAAUAUAGAAAGAAUACAUAACAAUAAUUAUAUAAAUAGCUUUAACAAUUUUAUAAAAAAUGAUAAAGAUAUUAUAAGUAGCUUUAAAGAGAUGAAUUUAAAUAGUGAUCAGUUAAAUAAAGAAAUGGAACCUUUAGAAAUAUUAUUUUGGAGAAUUUUUAGAAAUGUGUAUUUAAAUAAAAAAGUUUUUUCAUUUUUAAUUUCCAAAAAAAAUCAUACAUAUGAUGUGAAUUUCUGUGUGCCAAUUAUUUACAGAGACUUCCCAAAUGCAAGUGAAAUUAUUAUGGAUAAAGUGAAAUCUGGUAGCUAUUUAUCAUUUGGUAAUGAGAGUUUAGACCAACAGCAUGGUUUUGGUUUAAUUUUUCGACACAUUCAAGAGGAUAACGAAUACAAUAGAAAUUUUUAUCAAAAGCUUUUUGAAAAUUAUUCAAAUUAUUUUAGCAGUAAAGAAUUAUCUACAAAAAUCAUCGAAGCACAUAAUAUAUUAGCAUUUAAUGUUUUAAAUCCUGUCGAAAUAGACCCCGUUUACAUACCACCAAUUACAAAUUACCAAUCUUUCAAAAUGAUAAAUCAUCUACUUAAAAAAGGCCAUUAUGCAAACUUUAGAUUUCAUGACUUUAACCCUUUUGCUGACUCUAUCAAAUUAAAGCAUAUAUUAAAAAUGGUGAAAAAAAUUAGUUUAAGCCAAAGAAGUAUCGAUCAAAAUACAAUUAAUGAAAUUACAAAUCCAAACAAUUUUACAAAAGAUCAAUUAAGUUCAACUAUUAAUCAAUUAUUAGAUACCCAAUCAUCACUAAUUAAUAACAGACCAUCUAAUAGACACAUGGACGCAAUUAAAAUUUUAAUUUUAAAAAACCUAAACAUUUUAUUAAAGGAUUUGCAAAGCGUAGAUACCAAAAUUCCACUCGACUACUAUUUAUUAUUUGAAGAAAAGGAAGUAAUUUUCAACAAACUCUCAGAAUUAUUUUUCCUCAAUUAUAUCGAUUAUAAUAUUGUAAUUAAAUCAAUGUGCAGUUUUUUAAAAUUUGGUAAAUUCAAUAAUAUCGAUCCAUCAAUCUUUUCAAAUCAUUUUAAUAUUGUAUUAAAUAAAUUUAAAAAUGGUUGUUUAAUGAAAACAAUAUUUAAAACAAUUUUUGAAACAAAUAAUAUCAAUUUCAUCGAUGUCUUGCUCCAACCAAACUCUACUCUGCUCGCACACUAUGCCCCUCAAAUAAUUCAAUCAAUCAAAUCCACUCAAAUUUUAGAUUAUUUUUUCGAAAAACAUCAAAAUUUAUUAUUUUCACCAGGUAACAGCUAUUGGUUUUAUGUCACAGAAACUCCAAUAAUAGAACACUACGAAAAACUUAUGACAAGCUUGAAAAGAACCUUUUCUAUGGUUACAAGAGAUUGCAAUCCUUUUGGUUACGACUCUUUGGAUUUCAAAAACUCAUUAGAUCUUUUAUUAAGGGCAAUGAAUAAACCAGAGCUUUACUCUUUUCCAACACAAAUAGAUAUCACUCCUUUGGUUAACGUCUUUUCAUAUUAUUUAGAAAAAAGCAAGCAGGAUACAAUCAUUUCGUUAAUAAGAUCAAAUAGAUUCGGUACAAGGUUCAGUUUAGAUAAAAUAACAAAAAUAUAUCGUACAGUAAGUAAGGCUUACCCAAAGUUAAAUAGAAUUGGAUAUUGGAUUUUAGAAAACUUAAUAGAAUUAAAACCAGAUAAAAAUUAUCUUUAUACAACCGAAAGAUUUUACAAUUUACAGGUUUAUACUGAUAAUGGUACAGUAGAAAUUUUUUUAAGUACAAAAGAUUUGCUAAGUAUUUAUAUUCAAACCGGCAACUAUAAUGAAAUAUUCAAAAUGGAUGUUUUGAAAUUCGACCAACUUAUCAAUGCAAUUCCAUCAUUUCAAGUUAAUGUAGAAUUAAUAGACCUAGUACUAAAAGCUUAUAUGCAAACUAUACCUGGUGACUCAUUCUUUGUAUCAACUUUUAAAGACAAUUUUUCCAAAUUAAUAUUCGAAUAUGGUAACGCACCAUUACUUUUACACCUAGUUUCAAAAUAUAAAGAUACCAUCUUUUAUAAUUUGGGAUUUAAAAAAAACGAUUUUGACAUAUUUUUAGAAAGAGCAUUGAAGUUACAAAAUUUCGAUUUGGUAGAAAUAAUAUUAAAAAGCUUUGAAAGAACAAUAGACAAAUACGAUUUAAAAAGAAUUGUUAGCAAAGACUCAAAUAUUUAUAAAAAACUAAUAGAUAGAUUUUAA